AUGGAUAUGCUGGACGCUUUGUUGGCCCGUAACCAACUCAUCUUUGAGAAUCGAAGAACACCACCUGCAGAAAUUGCCACAAAAGGGUUGGUCUUGUCGAGAGAAUGGAACAUAGCUCAAGCUAAGGUAAUCAAACCACAGAUUACCUCCGCCAGGCCUGUCGGUCACCAGAGCAAGAACAAUCAACGCCUCCGCCCUAAUGGUUCGACGAUCUGCUUCACGGACGCCUCUUGGGAUCAAAGAACUCUGCGCACAGGACUUGCAUGGAUCUUCAAGGACAAUCAGGGUAUCAUAUACUACAAGGAAUCACAGACACAUGAUUUUGUCUCCUCCCCUCUGAUGGCAGAAGCACUAGCCAUCAGAUCGGCUCUUCAAUCGACAGCAACACUUGGGAUCUCUUCUAUCGAAGUGCGCUCCGACAGUCUAACGUUUAUCCAAGCUAUCAACAACAAACAGCUCCAGAAGGAAAUCUAUGGCAUCCUUGCGGAUAUCGAUCAUCUCCUUUCUUUGUUUGUAUCGUCGUUUCUUUGUUUCAUCCCUCGAUCACAAAACGAGGAAGCUGAUGGGUUGGCCAAGGCCUCCAUCAGAAACUACUCCUUUGUUUAA